AUGAAAGGAGGCAUCACAAUGCCGCGAUUUGCAGUUGACCUGAACACCGGUGACGGCCGCUCCAAGGUCGGCGGACAACCUUGGCGUGUCGCGCCCGGCCUUGUCCCCGGCGAACCCAACGAGGGCCUGACUGCCCGCCUUCUCGCUACUCCCGCACGCCUCGCCGACUUCGAUGACUCCGCAUGGGACGUUUGCGACAACGUCCGGCAGAGCCUUUCCGAAGGCUUCACCUUCGCCUGGUAUCGCAUCGCCGUCACGCUCCCCGGGACCAUCGACGGCGUAAACGUCGCCGGCGCUCGUGUCUGGUUCGAGACCAACUUCGACAACUACGGCGAGGUCUGGGUCAACGGUGAAAUCGACCGCGCCUACGGCAGUAUCGUCGGGCUGAACACCCCUCACCGAGUGGAGAUCGCCGAGGUCGGCGAGCCCGGUUCCCGGUACGUGAUCGCCUGCCUCUGUCUCAACGGACCGCUGGCCGCCCCGCGCGGUGGCGUCUUCAUGCGCUUCGCCACCCUCGCCUUCGAGUCCACCGACAACUAA